AUGGAUAUGCUCAGGAAGCUUGAUAAAGGAAAAACAGUGAAAGAAAAUCUCAGCUCUCAAGAGCAAUCGCCAAACAUGGUAGAUCCUGUUUAUCUUUCCAGGGUGAGUAUUGAAAAGAAGAUCGCAAAGGAAGAAGAGGUUUACACCUUAGAUGGAGCUGUGGAUCGACAUGGUCAUCCCGCUAUUCGAGGCAGAACUGGAACUUGGGUUGCUGGAAUUCUACUGCUAGUUAAUCAAGGGCUGGCAACAUUGGCGUUCUUUGGGGUUGGGGUCAACCUGGUGUUAUUCUUAACGAGGGUGCUGGGCCAGAACAACGCAGAUGCUGCAAACAACGUCAGCAAAUGGACUGGAACGGUCUACAUUUUCUCUCUGCUUGGUGCCUUUCUUAGUGACUCUUACUGGGGAAGGUACAAGACUUGUGCCAUAUUCCAGGCUGUCUUUGUUGUUGGUUUGGUGUUGUUAUCAAUUUCAUCCUCUGCAUUCUUACUCAAGCCUACCGGCUGCGGUGAUGAAGUAACUCCAUGUGGAUCUCACUCCGCUUUGCAUAUCAUGUUUUUCUACUUUGCCAUAUACCUCAUAGCCCUGGGAAACGGCGGUUACCAGCCGAAUAUCGCCACAUUUGGGGCUGACCAAUUUGAUGAGGAAGACCCUAAAGAAGGGCACUCAAAAAUAGCCUUCUUUAGCUUCUUCUAUUUGGCUUUGAACCUUGGAUCACUCUUUUCAAACACUAUAUUGGGCUAUUUUGAGGAUCAGGGCAAGUGGACACUUGGAUUUUGGGCAUCCGCUGGCUCUGCCUUUGUGGCAUUGGUCCUGUUUCUGAUUGGGACACCCAGGUAUAGGCACUUCAAGCCCAAGGGCAACCCUCUCUCAAGGUUUUGCCAAGUAUUGGUUGCAGCAAUAAGAAGAUGGAAAGUGGAGAUAAUGCCAGGAGGAGAGAAUUUGUUUGAAGUGGACAAAAAGGAAUCUGCCAUGAAUGGAGAUAGAAGGAUACUCCACACAGAAGGUUUCAGGUUUUUGGAUAGAGCAGCAGUUAUGACACCGAAGGAUUAUGCUAAGCAAUACAAAAAUAUUAAUGGUUGCAAUCCAUGGCGUCUCUGCACAGUAACACAAGUUGAGGAAGUAAAAUGCGUACUUAGACUCCUCCCAAUUUGGCUAUGCACCAUACUCUACUCUGUGGUUUUCACUCAAAUGGCAUCACUCUUUGUACAACAAGGAGCCGCCAUGAAAACUACCAUUUCAAACUUCCAAAUCCCGGCGGCGGGCAUGUCUAGCUUUGACAUACUCAGUGUGGCAACAUUCAUUUUCAUUUACAGGCGAAUUCUUGACCCUAUUGUUGCAAGAAUAAAGAAAAAACCGGCAGAGGGCCUAACCGAGCUCCAGAGAAUGGGGAUUGGGCUUGUUAUAGCUAUACUGGCAAUGAUCUCAGCAGGAGUUGUAGAGGUUUUCAGGCUGAAGCACAAAAACAAAGAUUGCCCGAGAUGUGAAAAUGCGAGCACUUUGAGCAUAUUCUGGCAAGUACCUCAAUAUAUGCUUAUAGGAGCAUCUGAGGUAUUCAUGUAUGUUGGUCAAUUAGAGUUUUUUAACAGCCAAGCACCAGAUGGGUUAAAGAGCUUUGGCAGUGCACUUUGCAUGACAUCGAUAUCACUGGGAAACUACGUGAGUAGCUUGCUCGUGUCUAUUGUUAUGAAAAUAUCUACAAGGGAUGACAUGCCUGGAUGGAUCCCAGGAAACCUCAACAAGGGUCAUCUGGACCGAUUCUUUUUCCUGUUAGCGGCUUUGACAACAGCUGAUUUUGUGGUCUACUUAAUAUGCGCCAAGUGGUAUAAGUAUAUUAAGUUUGAAGGAAGGAUUGGAGAAGAUCAUAACAACGACAACGGGCAGGCAGCAGCAGCUGCAGAGCUUAGAGUUUAAGGUAUAUCAGUCAGUAUGUUCCAAUGUCAAUGGUAUUCGUGUGCGCUGGCAUAGUGGCAUGGCGUGUUUUGAUGAUCAAUGCCAUGAUUUGAUAUAAAUAAUUAAGCGCAAGGAAAAGAGUGUGAAGAAAGAAAAGAAGUCUGUUCUGCGAUGAAACAAGGAGAAAUGAAUGCCAUGGGAUUGGGAUGGCAUUGUACUUUUCUCUAUGUCGAGCUAGCCUCCAUUACUUGCAAAUUAAAGACAAGUUCAUCGAUCUGAUCCUGUAGUAAUUCGGUAACAACUCCUCAUAUGAAUGCUCACAUCAUCAUCAUUCACGGCCAGUAGCUAUAUCAAUUUUUACAGUGAUUUAUAGGACUACCUAAAUUAUUCAUCAAUAACUAUAUCCAUCCUUUUUGCAAUUGUGGUAGAAAUCAAAUCAAAUC